AUUACAACGACGAACCAAGCGGCACCGGUGCAUUGGCUGGUAGUUUUGAUAAAUCCGUACUUCAAAUAUCAGAUUGGUUGACGUGGGAACAAAAUAUGAUAAAAAUACAAAGUGUUGCCGUCGAUGAUGUGGAUGCGGUGCGCAUGGCUAUUGAAAAGCAAGAGAAAGUUUUACGUGAAUUGAAAAUGAAAAAGCCGCAACUCAAUGAAUUGGUUCACACGGCUGAGGUGCUUAAGGGCGACGUAAAGCGGCAACAGUUGCAGGAGAAAG